AAACCCCUGAAUUAAACAAAUCAAAAUAAUAUUUGGUCCGAGGCAAAUAAAUUGCAGUCAGGAGGAGAAGGAACAUGAAGAAACAGACAAGAGUUAGUUGUCUACAAGCCUAGUACUAUGUCUUCCCCUUUCUUCCAGAGCCCAUAUUGGGACAUGAUCAUGCUACAGGAGCCUUCAGAAAUUUUGUUCCAAUCGUUGUCAUCCAAUGAUGUUCUUGACCCUCUACACGAUUCUCUUUCCUUCGACAUGGUUGACUUCUCUACAGCACCAGCAGAAGGAAAACACAAGGAGACAAAGAAAUUGGUGGUGGAGUCUGAAGUGAAGAAUAGGGAGAGGUCAUACAUAGGUGUGAGGAAAAGGCCUUGGGGAAAAUUUGCUGCAGAAAUCAGAGACACCACAAGGAGUGGCAGACGGGUUUGGCUUGGAACCUUUGAGACUGCAGAAGCUGCUGCGUUAGCUUACGACCAAGCUGCAUUUUCCAUGAGAGGCCAUAAUGCUGUACUCAAUUUUCCUGUCAAAAGAGUUAAAGAGUCUUUGCAAGAGAUCCAAUAUACCUGCUUCAAUGGCUCUUCUCCUGCACUUGCACUCAAGGCCAGGCACUGCAAGCAAAAACACUUAUCCAAAGCAAAAUAUUGUAAAGGGAAAGAGAAAUCAAAACCAAGUGUAGUGGUGUUGGAAGAUUUGGGAGUUGACUAUCUAGAGCAACUUCUAAGCAUAUCAGAUCAAAGUGCAAACCCUACCUACUUCAACUAAAUCUUACUCACUAUUUCUUUUUU